CAAGUCAGUCAGUCGGUCCGAGCGCAUCGUCGGGCCAGCAUGUCGAGCCACGCGACCUCGGUGGCGGCCACGGCCUCGGCGCACUCGCACCGCAGCGCCGGCGGCCACAAGCACCGCUCCAAGUCGAGCACGCGGCCGCAGGACCUGGAAAAGCCCAAGAAGAAGCUGCUGCACAAAAGCAGCAACUCGCUCGUCUCCAUCCCCAACACCAUCAAACUCUCCAUGCUCAACUCCGGCCUCAUCUCCAUAACCGAGCAGUACGGAGUGAUGUCGACGGUGCAAUGCAAGCCCGUCGAAGUGAAAAACUAUGUCAAGCUGUGCGAGCAGCGAAGAAAGUUCCCCGUGCUGUACAAAGUAGAAUUCCAAUCCGCAUGCAAAGUUGAGGUGCAUUCCUGUAGACACGCUACGAAAGCGAGCAACAAAGUGAAGAACCAAAACCAAAAGUGUAUUCCAUAUGACUAUAACAGAGUCGUCCUUGACCCGAUUGAGGGCGCGGUGGACUCGGACUACAUUAACGCAUCCUACGUAGACAGUUUGUUGAAACCGAACGCGUACAUCGUGACGCAAGGGCCGAUCGAAGAGACGGUGUACGACUUUUGGCGGAUGGUGUGGCAGGAGCACGCCAGCUGCAUCGUCAUGCUCACCAAAACGUUCGACUUCAUUCGCGUCAUGUGCGUGCAGUACUGGCCGGCGUCCCUCGCCAAGAGCGAGACGUACGGCGACAUCACCAUCAAGGUCUUGCAAGAGGAGGAACUCGCAAACUUCCGCAUCCGCACCAUUCACAUCUCCAGGGACUUCGGACCGGAUAAGCCGGCGGAGGAGCGCGUUCUGCUGCAGUUCCACUACACCGAGUGGUACUCGCACUCAUGUCCCUUUUCCAACGCCAUCCUCGAGUUCAGGAGGAGAGUGCGGUCUGUGGCGAAGCACCAUGUCGAAAGUGGCGACGGACCAGUCGUCGUUCACUGCAAUGAUGGUGGUGGCCGGUCGGGCGUUUACCUGGCGGUCGACGCCAAUUUGGAGUUGAUGGAAGAGGAGGAUUGUUUUGACGUUUUCGGCUACUUGAAGAAACUGCGGCAAUCCAGAAAAGGACUGAUCGAAACCAUGGAACAAUACAAGUUUGUGUACGACACGCUGGAGGAGUUUGUGGUUUGCGGCAACUCGUGGUUCCCGGUGUCGGAACUUUCGGCGCGGCUGCGCGCCAAGUCGGCCAAGAACCCCAUCACGAAGCAGAACGAGUACCAAAGGGAGUACGCGCAAAUCUGCAAACAAACGCCGCGCUUCACGAUCGGCGACUGCGCCGGCGGCCACCGCGGCGACAACCGCGCCAAAAACAGGGACGUCCUCAUCAUCCCACCCGACAACUUCAGGCCGUACUUGACCUCCUUCCAGGGCAACAGCUUCACAGACUACAUCAACGCCGUCUUUGUUGAUGGGUACACAAAGCCGCGCGAGUACAUCGUGACCGAGUGGCCGGUGAAGAACAGCCUGGGCGAGUUCUGGUCGCUGGUUUACGACUACGAGUGCAGCGCCGUCGUCGUCCUCUGCGUUCCUGACCCGGGGCUGCAAAACACGUUUCCGUCGUUCUGGCCCGAGGGGCGGCCGGGCCACUCAAAGAAGUACGGCCCUGUGUUCACCAUCGACCACGUCUCCCACCAGCACUACACCAACAUCAAGUCCUGGCUCUUCAGAAUCAACAAAAAGAUUGUGUCGCUGACGGAGUUGAUGGCCGGCGUGAAGGCGCCGCCGCGGAACGUGCAGCUGUACCAACUGAUGUGCUGGCCGCUGGGUCACAAGGUGCCCACCUCCACCAACUCGCUGGUCGAGCUGAUGAACAUGGUCGAGCGGUGGCGGCAGAGGACAGACUACGGCCCCGUCGCCGUUGUCUCCCCGGACGGCCGAGGCAGGUGCGGCGUUUACUGCGCGGCGAACGCGUGCAUCGAGCAGGUGAUUCAGCACGGCGAGGUCGACAUUUUCCAGGCGGUCAAAACGGUGCGCAGACACAGACCGCAGCUCGUCGAAAACAUGACGGAGUACAAGUACUGCUACGACUUGGUGCUGCACUACGUGCUCCACUACUUGCACAAGGUGCUCAAGGAGAAGGAGACGAAGGAUAAAAAGUGAAUUGAUGCAUUGCAGCGUUGGGAGUUGUUCAAUUGUCGCGUGUGCACACUGGGAACUGUGAAUGCACACGCAUAAAUUAAAAAAAAAAAAAAAAUGUACCCAGAAGAGGAAAGAAAGAAGAAAGGAAGGACGACGAGACUCUAUUUUUAGAAGAGACUUACUGCGGUGAGAAUCAAACGAAAAGUGCCAAAGUCUGCAGAGCGCAAAAUUUUAUUGUUGUACCACUUUAUUAUCAAAUAAAUCAAAAGUAUCCAAAUUUCGUAA